AUGGCGGACGACGACUACCUGCUGACGAACGAAGUGUACGUAGUGGUGGACGUCAAGUACUCGAUGAAGUACAAGCGCUCAGUGGUCGACAAGAACCCGAUGAUGGACGAGCUCUCGCUGACGGACAACUUGCUGGCGGAUGAGUACUCGUUGGCGGACAACUACGCGCUGGUGAAUAAGUACCCGAUGGUGGCCAACUACCCGUUGACGGACAGCUACUCGCUGGCCCAUUACAAGAACUCAGCGGUGGACAAACACUCGUCGGUGGACAAGGUGAACAAGUACUUGGUGGCGGCGGACCAGUACACGGUGAGGAACUACGAGGACGGCACCUUCAGCUACGCGUACACCAACUACACACAACUGGAUCCAGCGGAUCUGGGUCCAGGCGACUGCUCAGUCUUAGAUUUGCUCGGUGUUGGAUUCGCGCUCUCGGACGAAGGCCGGAAGCAAACCAAGGACGCGUGGCUCCGGCGCAGGGACGUCAGUUGA